CUCUCCAGGUCCUCAUCUUUCUCUCUCUUUGAAAAACGCAUUAUAUUCAGAAAUAGACCCAAAAAUAAGAUCACUUUCACUUCCUCCUCUGUAAAACCCUAAUAAUCGAUCUUCCUCCUCCUCCUCCUCCUUUCUUCCCUCUUCGAUUCUUCGAUUCUUCGAUUCCGUUUCCGCCGAUCAGUCUCACGCCGCCUCAUUGUUUCUCUCCAGUUCCACACCUCGCUCGCAAGAUCUGCGCACAUGUUCUUCUAAUUUCUUGAUUUCUUGGGCCCUUUUUUCCCCCUCCCAUUUCGUCGCUGAAGUCUGCGGUUUUUGAGCUUGUGUAAAUGGUGGAUCCGCCUGUUCUACACCUGUUGUGGUAUUCUUCAAGCUGCGUGAGUUGUUUUCGUUUCCUGUUGUGUUCGAUUCGCGUUGAUAGGUUUGCCCGGCUGUGACGAUUGCGACGAGAGUGAAAAAGCAUGCUGAGCGUGGUACGCGUGCAUCUGCCUUCCGAUAUUCCUAUUGUAGGCUGCGAGCUCACACCCUACGUCCUCCAUCGCCGCCCGGAUAAGAACAUCAACACCGAUGAUGUCUCCGAGUCGGCUCCACUUGACGGUCAAUUCCUGAGAUACAGAUGGUAUCGCUUACAAAGUGAUAAAAAAGUUGCUGUUUGUAGUGUACAUCCUUCUGAGCAAGCCACUUUACAAUGUUUAGGUUGUGUUAAAGCCAAAAUUCCUGCUUUUAAAAGUUACCAUUGCACCACCAAAUGCUUUUCAGAUUCUUGGCAGCAUCAUCGUGUUCUACAUGACCGUGCUGCCAGUGCUAUGAAUGAGAAUGGAAAUGAAGAGGAAGAGUUAUUUGGUCGCUAUAAUAAUAAUUCAACAUCUGGUGCCAUCAACUCCAGCUCAUCUAGUUCUACGUUAAGUACUAGCUUGACAAAUGGUUCAACACCAUUAUACCCGACAGCUGUUACACAAAAGACUGGUGUGGAGACUUGGUUAGAAGUAGGACGCUGUAAGAGUUACACACCAACUGCUGAAGAUAUUGGCCAUGUCCUCAAGUUUGAAUGUGCUGUAGUCGAUGUGGAAACCAUGUUGCCUGUGGCAUCUCCACUUACUGUAUUGACUUCUCGGGUCAUUCCAGCUCCAUCUGCUAGUCCACGUCGCUUAAUACCUGUUAAUGGGGUUGAUGUGAUGGGAAAGAUGGAUUUAGAUGGCCGUGUGUCAUCAUCAGGAACCUUUACAGUGCUUUCAUACAAUAUUUUGGCUGAUGUGUAUGCCACCAGUGAAACAUUCAGUUAUUGCCCUUCAUGGGCCCUUUCGUGGCCCUAUCGCCGGCAAAAUCUUCUCCGGGAGAUAGUUGGCUAUCGUGCAGAUAUAAUUUGUCUUCAGGAGGUUCAAAGUGAUCACUUUGUGGAAUUUUUUGCUCCUGAAUUUGACAAACAUGGUUAUCAAGCUCUUUACAAGAGAAAAACUAAUGAGGUCUACAAUGGGAACAUACAAACAAUUGAUGGCUGUGCAACAUUUUUCCGUAGAGAUAGAUUUGCACACGUCAAAAAAUAUGAGGUUGAGUUCAACAAAGCUGCACAAUCUUUGACUGACCCUGCUACUAUUCUAACUGCACAAAAGAGAAAUGCUUUAAACCGGUUAAUUAAGGAUGACGUUGCACUUAUAGUAGUUCUUGAAUCGAAAUUCAGCACUCCAACCGUUGAUAAUCCAGGAAAAAGGCAGCUUGUUUGUGUGGCUAAUACGCAUAUAAAUGGAAAUCAAGAUUUGAAAGAUGUCAAGCUCUGGCAGGUGCACACUCUACUGAAAGGUCUGGAAAAAAUAGCUGUCAGUGCAGAUAUUCCGAUGUUGGUCUGUGGGGAUUUUAAUUCUAUUCCUGGAAGUGCUCCACAUCAUCUUCUCGCAAGGGGGAAGGUAGAACCAACGCAUCCGGAUUUAGCCGUAGAUCCUCUAAAUCUAUGUCAGCCACAUAGCAAAUUGUCACAUCAGCUACCAUUGGUUAGUGCUUAUUCCUCCUUUGCAAUAAAGGGAGUUGGUAUCAGUUUAGAUAAGCAGCGGAAAAGGCUGGAUCCUACAACAAAUGAACCCUUGUUUACAAAUUGUACUCGGGAUUUCAUCGGAACCCUGGACUACAUAUUCUACACGGCGGACACUUUGACAGUGGAGUCUUUGUUAGAGCUCUUGGAUGAGGAGAGCUUGAGGAAAGAUACAGCACUUCCCUCCCCAGUGUGGUCCUCUGAUCAUAUAGCACUCCUUGCUGAGUUUCGGUGCAAAUCUCGGUCUAGACGUUAACCAAUAGUGUAGUUCAGGUGUGUGGAAGAAAGCAUCGAAAGCAAGAAGAUGCAGAAGAAAAAGGGUGUGUUGGUUGAGAAAAAAAGUACAUUAAAUAUAGUAAGAAAUGGUGGUAGAUCAUGCGGUGUUCAAUUCCCACAGGUAUCUCCACGUGAGAUCAUAAUCUUCACUAUGAUCUGCUUUUGUAUUUGUGGUACCUACCUUCUUCAUCAUCUCAUAGUAAAGUUUUUAAAUCUCAUGCCUUAAUCCCUUCGCAUCACACACCAUCCUCUCUUCUAUCCUUUUACAACUCUAUACCACCCUUCUCAUAAACGGGCAAAAAUAUAUACUUUACUCGUCUCUCUUUAGUGCUCUUUCUAAGAGAGAGAGAAUAGGGAGAUGAUUAUAAUGGCCUUUACCAAUGAUAUUUUCUUCAGUUGAGUCUUUUUCUUCCUUUUUUUUGGGGGCUGGGGGUUUCUUUUCAUUUUGAGAAUAUUAUAUCACUAAUACGGAGGUGUGAGGAUUUGAACUUAUGACCCUUUGGACGAGAUGAGAAUUAGAAGACCGUAGGUUUUCUCACCCUGAUUAUAAGUGAUUUUAAAGAGGGUGAUCUCCACCCUUUGCCCCGAGGCUGUUUCUUCCUAUUGUGUUUAAUACAUCAUUGUUUCUUAUCCAAAAAAAAGUACAUAGGUUUAGAGAGAAACAUGCACGUAGGACUAGUUGAACAAUGUUCAAGUCAAAUAUAACUUUUUAUAUUGGUGGACGAAUGCGUAUUUGAGUCUCCAUAUCCAUAUUUGUUAAGAAAUUAUUUGGGUGGACUGGUACAACGCGGCUAUUCUUGGAUGUGCAGAAGUGAAAAAUUAAAAACUCUAUUUCGAACAUGCAUCUAAUAGUUAGGAAGAGGUGGCACUGAUGCUGUGGCAGUUACAUUAUUAAUUUUUUGUAUCAAUGAUAGCGAAGGAUGGCCAAGGAUUUGCUGAAUUAUGUGUUCUAUGGUUCUAGAAUUUGAUGAUGGAACCGUGUUUUGAAAAAAAAAAAA